UCGGGCCGUUGCGGACUCAAAUCCGCUCUUCUAUAAUGCCUUGUUCCCUCUUCUUCCACCUCCAUCACCACCACCAUUAGAAUCCACCUCUACAUCCCCUCACUCUACUUCCACAAUCUCGUUUCUCCAAGAACCCCUCUCAGGUUUUUUUUAGAAAUCUGUUGUAGAGAUGGUGGAUUCGGUUAAUGUAGUGUUGGAAUUCUUGAGGAGGAACAAGUUUACUAAGACCGAGGCGGCGUUCCGAGGGGAGCUCAGUAGCCGCCCUGAUUUGAAUGGUUCGUUGCUGGAUUGCCUCUUAAAGGAGAAAGAGCAAGCGCGGGAGGGAAGGGAUUAUACGGGCUACCGCAACGGAGACAGUUCGGAGGAGAUCAUCGUUAGGGAAAUCGAAGUCGGGAGCAUCCAAAACGGGUCGCGGCAUAAGAACGAUAUUGUUUCGUAUGAACUUUAUGAUGAGAGCGAUUCGGAAGAUCUUUAUCCUAUAGAUCUUCGCUUAGAUUGUUGUCCCUAUGAUCCAGUAGUAAGGGAUAAUGACAUUAGGAUGAAUAAUUUCGCCGUUCUCUCUUUAUCUGGAAAUGAAAAUAGGCGGUCGAGUUCGAAGGUUUUGGAGAAGAGGAGCAUUGCUGUCGGAACUGAUGCGGAUUUGGUGUUGGAGGAUGAAAGGAGUUCUUGCUUCGGGGAGGCCUCGACAAGUUAUGGUGCCAAUGUAGGUUGCAUUGAUCGAAGAAAAGAGAGGAAGAAGAAAGCAGAAAACAAUUAUAUGAGGCCAACUACAAAUGAGAAAAUAAUUGGCCUGAGUAGGCCUUCGCCAUUGGGUACGGCUCUAGAUAAUUUAGACCAAGAGAAUUUGGGGCUAUUUGAUUUAUCACUUCCUUCGAGCAAGGACAAUGAAGAGCUGCCGAUGCGACGGCCUGUUAAGCAUAUGAUAGAAGAGAAGUUAGUAAAAGUUCGCUGGGAAGAAAACUCUGAUCAUCAGGGAUCAGGUGUGAAGAAACUUCUUGGCUACAGUGAACUCUCUGGAAACCAAAGAAUCUGUAGGGAUAAACUUGACCUGAUAUCUGGAUUUACUGCUGUUGGUAAUGAUUCAGUUCACUGUCGUAGUGAAUGUUCUGAUUCUGAUGAAUAUGAUGAUGAUGACGAUAUUGGAUACACUAGACAGCCAAUCGACGACGAGACUUGGUUUUUGGCUCAUGAAAUUGACUACCCUAGUGAUGAUGAAAAGGGAAUGGUGGAUGAACCCUACCAUCAAGACCAAAUUCCAAGAAAGGUUGAAGGGGGGUUUGGUAUGCUGAUUGAUGAACUCAUUAUGCUAGAAAAUGGGAAGGAUUUGUGCAGAAGUGGAGAACCAUGGCCCGAUGAACUCAUUAUGAAAAAUCAUCAACGCGUUUCUGUUCAAUCUAUUGGUGUGGGCAUCGGUAGAAAUGGUGGUGAUGCUAGUGGUGAGAUACAUGAAAGUGUGGUUGGAGGAAGUAGUGAAGAGGAGAUAGAAUCCCAACCUAUGCAUUUUUCAAGCAAGAGCCUUUUUAUUCACAUGGAGAAGGAUAGAAUGAAAAAACCCAGGCAAGAUGCGAAUUCAAGAACGCUGGAAGCUUCAUCACUUUCAACCAACAGUGAUGUUCAAAGGGAUGAUAUUGAGAAAGUUCAAAGUGAUAAAGUGAGAUAUGCAAGAGACCAAGACCCUGGGACAACUCCGGACGAUGAAGAAGCCGCUGCUAUACAGGAACAAGUAAGACAAGUAAAAUCCCAAGAGGCGGAGUAUGAAACCAUGAAUCUCAAAAUCGUACAUAGAAAAAACAGAACCGGGUUUGAGGAAGAUAAAAAUUUUCAUGUUGUCCUUAAUUCUGUGAUUGCUGGGCGUUAUUUUGUUAUGGAAAAUCUAGGAUCGGCUGCAUUCAGCAAAGCAAUUCAAGCACAUGACUUGCACACUGGUGUGGAUGUAUGCAUGAAGAUCAUAAAGAACAACAAAGAUUUUUUUGACCAGGGCCUUGACGAAAUAAAGCUUCUGAAAUUUGUGAACAAGAAUGAUCCAGCUGACAAGCACCAUAUAUUGCGCCUAUAUGAUUACUUCUAUUAUAGGGAGCACUUGUUUAUGGUUUGUGAACUUCUCAAGGCAAACUUGUACGAGUUUUACAAGUUCAAUAGAGAAUCUGGAGGGGAGAUUUACUUUACAAUGCCAAGGUUGCAGUCAAUUACUAUUCAGUUGCUGGAAGCGCUUCAAUUUUUGCAUGGUCUCGGUCUUAUUCACUGUGAUCUGAAGCCCGAGAAUAUUCUGGUGAAAAGCUACAGUAGGUGUGAGGUGAAGGUUAUUGAUCUUGGUAGUAGUUGCUUCAACACGGAUCACUUGUGCUCUUACAUACAGUCACGAUCUUAUCGUGCCCCUGAAGUCAUCCUUGGCCUUUUAUAUGAUGAGAAAAUAGACAUAUGGUCACUUGGAUGCAUCCUCGCAGAACUUUGCACCGGAAACGUUCUCUUUCCGAAUGAAUCUCCUGCAACUAUACUUGCUCGCAUGGUUGGAAUCAUCGGUCCAAUUGACCAAAACAUGCUCGCGAAGGGGAGGGAUACAUACAAAUAUUUCUGCAGAAAUCACAUGCUGUAUGAAAGAAAUCAGGAAACCAACAGGCUAGAGUACUUGAUUCCGAAGAAAACUUCGUUACAGCACCAGUUGCCUUCGGCCGACCAAGGCUUUGUCGAGUUUGUCGCGCAUCUUCUCAAAAUAGACCCCAAGAAGCGGCCGACGGCAUCAGAAGCUUUGAAACACCCUUGGUUAUCUUACCCAUAUGAACCCAUAUCAUCUUGAUGCUGGAUUCUUGUGUCCCAUUUUGGUGCUGUAAGAGUAGAGUUGUACAUGUCUCGCAUUGACAGAAAACAUCAUUUGCACCAGAUAUGUUGAAAACGGUGUCUAAAUUUAUGGGUUUUAGGUAUGAGAAUUAUACUGUAUAUGAUUUGAUCAACUUAUUGCUCCUAUUUAAGCCAUUUGGAAGUAA